ACGUGCCAGCCGAACGUCAACAACAGCGAAUUAUGUAAAAAGUGCAUUUGCUACCCAGAAAUAGCGCUCGCGUUGCAAUCGAUGUAGAAUUUGGGCUUCAGCUUAGUUUAAAUGAUUAUUCGCAAGAGCAAAACGCUGAAAGAGCUUUUGGAUCGAUGGCCCGGUAAGCGAACGCUGGGCAUCUAUCGGUUCCUGCCCAUCUUCUUCGGACUCGGAGCGGCGUUGGAGUUUUCCAUGAUCCACUGGCGUGUAGGGGAGACCAACUUUUAUAAUACGUUCAAAAAGCGACAGGCAAAGGAAAUCGUGGAGGAAAAGUUGCGCCUUCAUCAGCUGGAACCAAUUCCGCGCGGCUAAGCCACUGUGCACCACGUUGUGAAAUUAAGGACGAAAACAGUCAAAAAAACGGUAAACAAUGCCGGCCGGUGUUCCUAUGCGACAGUAUCUGUCCUUCAUGGCAGCCGCGCUGCUGUCCAUGUUUGUCGGAUCGCAAGUAGUGCACACGUACUAUCACCCGCUACGAGACCUUAACUACUACGUCGAGCGAGAAAUCAAGAUGCAACGGUUACGCGAAGUGGCACAGCCACCGGAAAACUCAGCUCCUGCUCAGGGAAGCUAAAUAAAAGCCUGAAGUUGAACUAGUUGAUAAA